CUAGGUAUUCGAUGUCCAGAUCCUCCUCUCGAACUUUCACGGAAACUCCGGAAUCGCGUUGUCGAUGUUCAAACAAGAGAUCAGCAUAUGUUGUUACACAGUUCGACACCCUGGCGCCUGCGGACAGGUCGUGCGAUGGGGAGACGAACAAGAGUGUAAUGCACGUCAGGGAGAUAUCCACUGCAUGGAUAUAUACCGUGUCUGUGGUUUAUCGCGUGUCUGUUCCAUGAGGAGGCGCGCAGACAUUGGAAAAUAUAUAAGAUCGAGACAAGAGGGAGAGGCUGUGGCUCGACAAUGGCCUUAAUGCGACUGAAUGAUGAUACGUAACAAACCUUAUUCAACAAAAAGUUUCGGCCGGCAAAUUGAAUCCAGAGGGCUUGGACUCUCUUCUUCCUUCUCGUUCCUUCGAGUCUCGUCUCACCCCGAAAGGAGGUGUGGAAUAAGAUCACGGCGCGAUCGUGUGCGUGCUGCGAGGGCGAGUGGCAAUGAGUGCAAGUGAGAAGCAACGAGAAGAGAGAGAGAGAGGCACAUUCUUUCGGAUGGUUCGGGCGAAGCAGAGUGGUGGGGAUGGAAGGGCGGUCUGCGCACGCGCGGCUCGCGACGGAACAGCUUCGCGCGGCGACGCUCAGUCUCGUCUGUCGCAAUCCAGUGCAGAUAUACGUGCAAUUACCCUGUCAACAGUGCUUAAAAUCUCUUCUAGUGCUUGUGCCGUUGCUCUACACUUGGUGAUCGAUAACGUUCGUCGACCGAUACGGCAUCGAUCGUCUUAAUAGUUCGCGCGUUACGGUUCGAAGAAGUGAAGAUCGCGUGUCGCGGCCACGUGAAGGAAAAUUAAACGAGUCCUCUGUCUCGCGGUUCGCGAUUUGAAUCGCCGCUGUCGCCACCACCGCAUCGUCUAACGGUUUCGCGGAUCAGUCGGUAUCCACGCUGCGCACAGUGAGUUUGACGUUUCGUUACGGGGACAACGUGUGGUGACGUUUGGUUCGGAAAAAAGUGGCGUUCAUCGUCCUUCGUGUACCAUGACUAUUUCGUGAGACCGGUGAAAGUCAGUUAUCAUCGAUGCAUUGUCAAAGAUUUCAAUGCCUUCCAUGUAAAUAGCGCGAAAAGUAUCGCGUGUGGUGUGCUAUUGUGUGAACGAAAGACCAGUGAUCGAAAGGAAGAACGACGUUAUCCACGGAUUCGAGAUGAUUCGCCACCUGUGGCUAAGAGCGGUUUUCGCUUUCUUCGUAAUAUCAGGUGCGAGCUGCCUGCGGAAUGUCAGCCUAGAAGUAGUUCCGGAGAUAGCGGAACGUGGUCAGAAGGUGAUUCUCCGCUGCCAUUACAAUCUCGAGGAGGCGCCUCUUUACUCCCUCAAGUGGUACCGCGGCAGGUACGAGUUCUACCGUUACACGCCCAGCGAGGAGCCGUCGACCAAGAUCUUCAAUGUUACCGGGAUUAACGUUGACGAGGAGAACUCGAACAAGAGCCAGGUAACCCUGCGCGACGUCAGCUUCGCCGUCUCGGGUAAAUUCAGUUGCGAAGUUACGGCGGACGCGCCGACUUUCUCCACGGCCAGCGGCUCGAAGAAUCUUACAGUAGUGUCUCUGCCCAAAGUGAAGCCUGUUAUCGUAUCGGAACGUGAACGUUACGACGUCGGAGACACUUUGAGGGCAAAUUGUAGCUUACCACCCUCGAAGCCACCGGCUCAUCUCUCAUUCACCCUGAACAACGUGGCGGUAAGUGAUACCUAUAAUCCACGCGUCAUUAUCGAAUCCGCAGUUAAGGGGAAACCCGUGAAAUUAAUGGUUUAAGAGCGUCUCUAUAUA